GAUCUAGCCCAAGAGAGAACGGCCAGUUCGGCGCUGACCAAUCGAAUACAUGAGCUGGAAGCGAGAGAGGCAGAGCUUGUACGCCAACUGGAGGAGCAGAAAUCGCUUUGCAAGGUCUCUCGCGCGGAGGUCGAAAGGCGGGCGGCUGAAGUGGAUCAGCUUGUCGAGGAGCGUCAGGCACUGGUGGCGAGGAUAGAGGACAUAGAGGCCACUGCAGGUUCGGCUGCGGCCCAGGGAGUAAUUGGCUCACCUACUCAGAUGUCGAUUGUACAGAGAAGUGAGCAGUCGCUGGUAGCUGGGCGUGGUGACUCAGACUUGUCAAGGUCUCGAGUUACUCCUGGUACCCUGGCCUUCUAUCCCAACAAUCUCUCGUCGUAUCUUACCCUAUCACUAGACGGUAUGAGAGUUGAGUAUGACUGUGAUACUGCAGCUAAGGACGAGGCCAUGUGCGGUGUUGUCAUGACUGAUCGGCCUCUGCCUUAUGAUACAUCCUUUGGGUAA